AUGACGGAACUGAGUUGUGAUAAUGAUGAAGUCUUCUUCAUUCCAUCACCACCGCCCCCACCCGCACUCUCUUCACUCAAUCCGGUUCAGAACAACAACAACAACAUCAACGACAACAACAUCAACGACAACAACAGCAGCAGCAACAACAUCAACAACAACAACAUCAACGACAACAACAGCAGCAGCAACAACAUCAACAACAACAACGACAACAAAAUUUUGUAUAUUGAUAUUACUAAAUCUACAUCACCAACAACAACAGCAGCAACAACAACUUCUACAUUUGCCAUUGUCUCUACUGCUUCUUCUUCUGCUACCACUACUACUACUACUACUACUACUACUACUACUACUACUACUACUACUACUACUACUACUACUACUACUAUUACUACUACUACUACUAUUACUACUACUGAUACUUCUACUACAACUACUUCUACUGCUGCUACUACAACUACUUCAACAGAGAAUGAAAACGCAUUGGGGAAUGUUAACUUCAAAGAAAAUUUGGCUAUGUUGUUGUCCGCAUACGCUGAGAGUAAGAGUAUUAACAACAAACACAACAACAACAACAACAACAGCAUCGAUGACAACAAACAUGACGUCAUCAGCAGCAACGGCGACGUCAUUAACAGCAGCAACAACAACGACAUCAUCAGCAACAGCAUCAACAACAACAACAGCAACAUCAACGCUAACAACAGCAACAACAUCAACAACAACAACAACAGCAACAUCAGUGCUAACAACAGCAGCAACAACAACAACAACAUUAACAACAACAACAACAACAUCAACAACAACAACAACAGAAUGUACAAGUUUACGAGACCGGCUUACAAUUUCAAAGAGGUGAAGGGGAUGAACGAGUUCAUCUCAGAUAAAAACUUUAAAACAAGACUGUCGCAUAUGUUUGAUAAUAAUAAUAAUAAUAAUAAUAAUAAUAAUAAUAAUUACAUAACUACUGCUACUAAGAAAUUUAACUUUGAAAAUGUUUUAAAAUUAUUUUCAAAUAGAAGCAACAACAACAACAACAACAUUAACAACAACAACAACAACAAUAAUAAUAAUAAUAAUAAUAACAACAACAAUAUAAAUGCGAUUAAGCAAAUGUUUGAAAUAGCUAAUAAUAGACAGCAAUUGACAAAUGCCAUUGCUGGCAAGAAGAAAUGUCUCGCAGCUAUUAAUAACAACAACAAUAAUAAGAAGACUACUACCAUUACCACCGCUACCAUUACUACUACUUCUACUACUACUGCUACUGCUACUACUAGCACUGCUAUAAAUACGCUCCCGAAAUUCUAUUACGCUUUUAUCAAUUUGAACGACAAUUCUGGCAACAAUAAUAAUAACAACAAUAAUAGUAAUAACAAUAAUAAUAACAAUAACACCCAAAUUUAUUAUUCGGUUAAAGUCAAGCAGAUAAAAGAUUUCUAUAGCCAGCUCUCUGAAUCUUUGGUUACAAAAAAUAACAACAACAACAACAACAAAAACAAAAACAACAAUAAUUAUUAUUAUUGUUCUUCAAAUAACAACAAUAACAACAGCAAUAGCAACGACAAUAACAAAAGCAUUAAUAACAAUAGCAUUUAUAACAACAACAGCAUUAAUAAUAAUGAUAAUAAAAAGAGGAAAAAUAACAUUAAUAAUAAUAAUAAUAAUAAUAAUAAUAAUGAUAAUAAUAAUAAUAAUAAUGAUAAUAAUAAUAAUAAUAAUGAUAAUAAUAAUAAUAAUAAUAAUAAUAAUAACAUAGAUAACGAUGUUGGUGACAGUGGUGAUGAUGAUGGCGACGAAAACAAGGCCGAUGACGAUACUGAAAAAAUAGUAAACAAAAGUGAUGAUUGUGAUGAUGAUAAUAAUAAUAAUAAUAAUAAUGAUAAUAAUAAUAAUAAUAAUAAUAAUGAUAAUAAUAAUAAUAAUAAUAAUAAGGAUGCAGAUGAUGAUGAUGUUGACAACGGUGGGUAUAUUUUUAUUGAUGAUGAUGAUGAUGAUGACCGCAACAACAACAUCAAUAAUAAUAAUAAUAAUAAUAAUAAUAAUAAUUUUAUUUUGAACAAUUACAUUAACGAAUAUGACACAAGUAAUGGCUUUGCCGACACUAAUUCUAUUGACCUAGAUCAAUACAAAAUUCGUCUCGACAACAACAACAACACCAACAUUAAUAACAACAACAUUAACAACAACAGCAACAUUGAAAACAUCAACAGCAACAUUGAAAACAACAGCAACAUUAAAAACAUCAACAACAACAACAACAACAUCAUUGAGAAUUGCAAUAACAUGAAGAAUGUCGUCAUUAUAAACAUGGGCAGCAAGAAUGACCUGAUUAGUAACAUCAACAACAACAUCAACAACAACAACAACAACAACAUCAACAACAACAACAUCAACAACAACAUCAACAACAACAUCAACAACAACAACAUCAUCAACAACAACAUCAACAACAACAGCAUCAACAACAACAACAUCAACAACAACAUCAACAACAAAAACGUCUCAAGCCCAACAAACUUCCACUACAAACGCAACAUACAACUGCACACAUCAUCUCGGCAGCGUUUCAUCAACACUCGGUACCGACAGAACAACCAUUAUACAAAAAAUCAGUCGGUUUUAACACCGAUACCGAAUCAAACAUUCAACAACUACAACAACAACUACAACAACAACAACAGCAACAACAUCAACUACAACAACAACAACAACAUCAACAACAACAACAUCAACAAAAACAUCAACCACAACAACAACAACAUCAACUACAACAACAACUACAAUAACAAUUUCCAUCAGAACUCCGUCUACAAAAAGCGCUACGUAAAUCCGGAAAUACAACACAGCAACAACUACACUAACAUCGCUAAUUUGCAGCAGAGAUCGGCACAUCCCUAUUUCCCUAAAUCCCCAAGAAGGAGACGAUUAGGCAGCGUUACCAGGAUCACUCUGAACGGUGAUGAAAAAGAUGAUGGCAAAAAUGACGCCGUGUAUUAUAGCGAACCAGAAUUUAUUGAUGACGAUGACGAUGACGAUAAUAAUAAUAAUUAUAAUUAUAAUAAUAAUAAUCCAUAUUACAGUAAUGAUUGUUAUUUUAAUGAGGGUUUGUUGAGAAAAAGACAGCUUAUUCCAGCCUAUAAUUCGAGGCAAAAACAAAAACAACAACAACAACAUUACCACCACCAUCAUCAACAACAACAACAUCAUCAUCGCCAGCAACAACAUCGUCAUCAUCAUCAACAACAGCAUGACCAUCAUCAUCAGCAGAGUCAACAUCAACAACAUUUACCCCACAACAACAACAACAACCACAACAACAGACUAAACAACAGAUUUAGCUACAGCAACAGACUAAAUAGUAGAUUUCGCUACAACACUAGUAACAACAACUACAACAACAACUACAACAACAACUACAACAACCACAACAACUACUACAACAAUACUGAAUUCAACAGGGUCAACAAAUUCAGAAUCAGACGCAACAGCUUAUCGUCACUCACCGACCUUGAGCUGAGGGCUGACCUUGAGAAAGUAAACAAAUCUAAAAAUAGCUACAAAAUUUCCGUCCUCUUAAAAAUGAUGGACGAUAAUAAGCUCGUCUCUAAUAGCAGUUACAAUGAUGGUAAUGAUGUUUUCGACGGUGGUCAUGAUGACGAUGAUCGUGACGUUGUCAAAAUUGUUUACAGUGGUACGAAACAAGAUGCUAAAUUAGCAAAGGUAACUAAUAAUAAAAACCAAAGAAGCAAUACUAGCAGCAAAAGUAAAGGCAAGAAGCUAAGAAUGGGCGACAUUAACUUCAAAAAAGAUUGGAGAAAACGAAGGAGCGUCAGCUUCCUGGAUGACGUCACCAAUAAUAAUAAUAAAAAUAAUAAUAACAACAAUAAUAAUAAUAAUAUUUUUGAUCUCCAAUAUUCGCAGCACAAACUCAACCCGAUGUACGCCAGCGAUCACGAACUUAACGCAAAAAAAUAA